AUGGUGCAGGAUCAGUCCCUUAGCAUUACGGCUGUCUCCUGGACAUUGGGCAGUCUUUGCGUCGUUAUCGUCGCGGUGCGGCUAUAUACUCGCGCUCUCGUCACCCGCCAGCUUGGUUGGGAUGAUUCCUUCAUCACGCUUUCCUUGGUUGCGGUUUAUUAUGGACUGGGCAAGCAUACGGGCGAUAUCAGCAACCCCGGCCAUCGCACUCAAGCCGCAAAGUACACGGUCAUCGCUCUAAACUUUUCCGUGGGUCCUGGGCUCCCAUCACAACAUGGUAUUCUCUGUGCGACCCUACCGACCCUUCCGCAAGCUUACGCUGCCAUCUUGCACAAGCGCCCAUCCUACUACGACUCCUCGAACUACCGCAGCGGCAAGUCGGAGCCAAAGCACCCAUUGAUCCGCCUCCAGCGACUGCCAGUUGCCUCGCUAUUCGAAACUGUCGCUGCAGAGGAACGGGUAUCGAGCCAAGAGAAUAUCAUCGACAAAGUUGGGAAAGACGGGAUGAGGAUUUAG